CCCCCCCCCUGCUUUCCACUGUAGAUCUACGCGCGAUCAGUGCAGUGUCUGUCCGUAGGUCUACAGCACGGACUCGAUAGAUCUACAGCACGGACUCGGUAGAUAUACCUAUGUACACUACCACUAGCUACAGAGUAGAGUCUACACUCAGUCACCAGGUCACAAUCAUUUUAGUCACUGUAGAUCUCCAUGCAUUCUGUACUGUAGUCAGUCUGUGCAUGACAGACAUCCACAAUCAAACAGUCGCUGCAAGGAUCUACCACGGCCACUAGACGUAAGCGUAGAUGAUAACUACAGCUACAGAGUACAGUACAGUGUGAACGGCUUUUCCAGCUUUGUGGCUGGAUCAUUUUCGUCUUGUCGAUGCUUGCUCGAUGUGCGAAUGUGGUAUUCAGUGGCUGACAUGAGGGAAAGGGCAGUCUUCGUCGCCAAUCAACUGAUCUAGUCACAAAGUACGAGCGAGGACAGAGACUAUGUUUCCUUGCUAGCAAAGCGAGCGGAGUGGCUCAUCCGGAGCGGACAUGUCAUCGCCAAACGGCGGCCGUACGAAUGGCCACUCCGACAGCAGCCCAAGGCUUCCUGAUCUUCCCACUCUGCCAGACCCGCUGGUCAUGACUGAAGCUGCAACACCUCCGACAGCUGCUCCGGCGGCCUCGGAAUCCAUGAGCACACUCAUCAAGAUCCUGCUACCCUACACGGCCGUGUUGACCACCGUCGUGCUCCUCGCCCUGGCACUGUGCGCAAUGCGCUGGUGCUGGAAAAAGCGGACUAGGAAUUCCCAUCGGGUCUUCGUUCAGAAUGGUGGCCCAGCACCAAUUCCGGCCUUGCCAUAUCGACAUCGAAUGCAAUUUGCACCGAACCCAAUCCCUCUGGACGGCAGCACACAGUCCCUAGCUCCACUGGUGCAGAGUAUGAGUGUGCAGUCCUUGCCCAGCUCUAUACGUGCUGCGUCACCACCACGCAACACAGCCGGUGCGUUCCAGCCCGAAACGCCCAUGGUGAAGAUGAGCCAAGGCAGCUCCAUGAGGCGUGCCUCACUACAGCCACCAAAGCCGCUACAGGCCGACAUCUGGAAUGCGCCUGUGUUCAACAUCGGAGCGGUCGCCGACAGUCCUAUCACCGUCAACCUGAAGAAAGGAGAGAGCAGCGAUAUGCUGAACAUGAGCACGCCUCGAGUUCCACGGAGCAAUCCCAUCAGGAGACCAUCUCCGUUGAUCGACGCUGCAGACAAUACGGACAGCAGCAUGGCCAAAGCAGCGCCACUGAAGCACCGCCGACACAUGCAACUCCAGAAAGAAAACCGCAUGGGCCGACGCUCCCAGAGCUGCGAGGACAUUCGCGAAGGGGAAGUGAGCAACGCCAGGACUCUGCGGAGGCCGGAAGCCAUCCAGCAGACUCAGGCAAAACACCAGCAGCUCACCCAGCAGGAGCGUAGAAGGCUGCGACGCUCGCAAAGCCUAAGCGACCUGCACCGUAAGCCUGCAAAGUAUGCUUGGUCCUGAAUAAAAGUAUGCCUGACCCUGAAUAAAAGUAUACCUAAUCCUGAAUAAAAGUAUACCUGGUCCCGAAUGAAGGUUUGCCUGGUCCUGACAAAAGAGCCCCCCCCCCGUAGCUGAACAAGCCACCACUGAUUUUUCUGCACUGAUUUUGCGUGAAUGUGUGACUGCUGUGAUACCUGUAUUGCUCAACUAAUUACUUACAUGCAACUGCUGUGAUUACAGUAUGGCUCAACUUACAUGCAACUGCUGUAAUUUCAGUAUGGCUCAACUUCAUGCAUAUACAUCGGUACCUACAUGCACAUGUUCAGCCGGGUGUACAUACUACAUGCAUGCUUGCAGUUGCAGUGUACCACAGCAAUUGCUUGCAGGUCUACAAAGGGACAGUCACGAGUGUGCCAGCUGGGCAGUAGCGCAUUCUGAUGGGGGCACGUUCCACGCAGCACCCUCCCCCCCCCCCCCCACCUGCCCCUGACAUACCUAAAGUAGAAAUAAUUGCACUCAUCAUCUUGCCACUGUAGUCUGUACUGCAGUAACUUUCUAUAGCCGCUUACACUGGUGCUGAUUGGUGCUAUCAGCCAGCAGGGUCAUGUACAUGUACAUCUCCUGUGUUUCCUUACAACAAGCCUCUACCCACACGCAUAGGCUAUACUAUUUACGCAAUACCUAAUCUGCAAGAACUGAAGAAACAUAUGCCCGCACGAUGAUGCCAGUGCCGAGUGUACUAGUAUCUCAUAUUAAUUUUAAAAUGUAAUAGCACUGGCACCAAAUUUUUGUGUUUAAAUUUUAACCUGCAACGAAAGACACACAGGCAUGUAUGACAAGAGGAACUGCAUGGCGUGUGCAUCAUUCUGCUAACAACAGCACUAUCACUUUUGC